UGGGGUGUGGGGACCAUUCCACCGCCCAUAAGCGCGCAUAGUCUUACUCUUACCGAAACCAAACCCAUAUCCAUCCCCUCUCUAUUUCUCAUCUCAAUCUAACCCUAACCCAACACUCUCCUCACGAUCCUUCAAAGACCAAGACCACCCCCAUCCCCAUACCUAUUUUCUCUCCUCAUCUCCUCCUCCUCCUCCUCAACACAAAAUUAACCUUAAUUUCCCUGUACCCUCAACAGUCAAGGCUGAAGAAGCAGCAGCAUGCCAAAUUCAGCUCCAAUUUUGUGGGUGGCACCAGAAAUCUGCUCAGCAACUCCCUCAUCCUUUCCGCUCAAUCGUGGUUCACUUAACAAGUUCUGUGCUUUUGGAGGGAAAGAAUAAGAUUGUUUUGUUUUCCAAGUAGUGAAAAUUUAAGCCUAACGAUAUGGACACCCAUUCCCUUCCCCCUCCUUUCCAUACGAGAGAUUUCCACCUGCAGCAGCAUCCUCAGUUCCUCCACCAGCAACAGAAUUCCGAAGACGAGCAAACAGGAAGCAGUGGCCUUAACAAGGGACAGAAGAGAGAGCGGGAUAUGGACAACAAUGACAGCGGUGGCAAUGGAGGCGAAUUAGGCAAAGAGCUCAAUGUCACCAUGUCCGGUGGUGACGGAUCAGAAAUGACGAGAAGGCCCCGAGGGAGACCUGCCGGAUCCAAGAACAAGCCUAAGCCCCCCAUCAUCAUCACCCGGGACAGCGCCAAUGCGCUCCGCUCCCACGUCAUGGAGAUUGCCGACGGGUGUGACAUAGUGGAGAGUGUCGCCACCUUUGCUCGCAGGCGCCAGAGAGGCGUCUGCAUUAUGAGCGGGACCGGCACAGUCACGAAUGUGACCCUCAGGCAGCCCGCCUCCCCAGGGUCCGUAGUGACGUUGCACGGUCGAUUCGAGAUCUUAUCACUUGCGGGAUCAUUUCUUCCCCCACCAGCCCCACCUGCCGCGACUGGUUUGACCAUAUAUCUGGCAGGAGGGCAAGGGCAAGUUGUAGGGGGAAGCGUUGUGGGGACGCUAAUUGCAUCUGGCCCCGUUGUCAUCAUGGCAGCUUCGUUUAGCAACGCGGCAUAUGAGCGGCUUCCACUAGAGGAAGACGAGGGUCAACUGCCAAUGCAAGGUGGAGGUGGAAGUGUUGGUUCUCCAACCGGGGUUGGUCAUCAGAACCAGCAGCAGCAACAACCGCAGCACCAACAACUUUUGGCUGAAGCUGCGAACUCAAAUGCGCCUCUUUUUCAUGGGUUGCAUCCCAAUCUUCUGAAUUCCAUGGAAUUGCCAGCUGAGGCAGCGUACUGGGCUACCAGCCGCCCGCCAUUCUAACCACCGGACCAGCCCUAUUAGAUCAUCAGGAGAGUUCAUUUGCUUUGUCAUCAUCACCUACGUAUGUUACCAAGAUGUGUCAUCACCGACUAUGUAGCUAGGUAGUAGCGAGCUGUAUGGAUAGAAGAAGAAUUUGGGUUUGUCGUCGAUCAGCAUUUCAGAUUUUUAGUAUGUUUUGCUUCUUUUUUCGAGUUGGUUUUUUUUUACCAAAAAAAAAAUAUUCGAUGAUUAGAUUACGUACCAUAUGUUUUACAUGUUUGAUUGAAAGACUAUAUUUCAUGGAUUAUUCUUGGUGAGUUUUCGUUUAGUGAAAUGUACUAUUGCCAGAGCUUUGUUUAAUAUGAAGAGGAACAACAUCCAAGAAGAACAAUCUAUUUUCAA